AUGGCAAGGUCAGCGUCCCCUGUGACCCGCGGUCGCCCGGCCGGCGGCGCAGCGGAUCCUGAGGAGUCACAGCGCCACGGCGCGGCCACUCCCGGCCUGAUACCUAAACAAACCAUCACGUUCCGGUGCCGGUGCAAAAAGAAACAGCCGACCCGCCCCUGCCUCCCUUACACUGCUUCACAGGCCUGUCUGAGCCAGACCAACCGCGGUCGAGCCUGGGAGGAGCGUCCCCGCGGGGCUUGGGUGCCUCCUGGCGGUUGGGUGCGGCCCUCGCUCACCGCUCGGCCCACUGCUGCGCCCUCGGAGCGCCCAGUGCCUGCGGACGUCGCAAUCAGGUGGCUCUUGUCCGCUGCCAUGGCGGCCGUGCGGGCCCUGGUGGCGAAGGGGCCCUGCUGGCUCCGGCGCGGCCCGAGCGCCCCGCUCCCCGCGCGCUUCUGCAGCCGGGGCCCGGCCGGGGCGGGGCGGCCGGAGUCGGAGGCGCCGCUCACCCGCGUGCGGCAGCGGGACGGCAUCAGGAACAUUGUCUUGAGCAAUCCCAAGAAGAGGAAUGCCUUGUCACUUGCAAUGCUGAAGUCUCUGCAAAAUGACAUUCUUCAUGAAGCCGAAAGCAAUGAUUUGAAAGUCAUUGUCAUUUCAGCUGAGGGGCCCGUUUUUUCUUCUGGGCAUGAUUUGAAGGAACUGACCAGUGAGCAAGGCCGAGAUUACCAUGCUGAAGUGUUUCAGACCUGUUCCAAGGUCAUGAUGCUGAUCCGGAACCACCCCGUCCCCAUCAUUGCCAUGGUCAAUGGCUUGGCCACCGCUGCCGGCUGUCAGCUGGUCGCCAGCUGUGACAUUGCCGUGGCCAGCGACAAGGCCUCUUUUGCUACACCUGGGGUGAACGUCGGGCUCUUCUGUUCCACCCCUGCGGUUGCCCUGGGGAGGGCAGUGCCCAGAAAGGUGGCCUUGGAGAUGCUCUUCACCGGGGAGCCCAUCUCCGCGCAGGACGCCCUGCUGCACGGGCUGCUCAGCAAGGUGGUCCCCGAGCCGCAGCUGCAGGAAGAGACCAUGAGGAUCGCGGCCAAGAUCGCCUCCCUGAGCCGCCCCGUGGUGUCCCUGGGCAAGGCCACCUUCCACAAGCAGCUGCCCCAGGACCUGCAUACGGCCUACCGCCUCACCUCCCAGGCCAUGGUGGACAACCUGGCCCUGCGGGACGGGCAGGAGGGGAUCACGGCCUUCCUCCAGAAGAGGAGGCCGGUCUGGUCACACUGAGCACCGGCGAGCAGGCCCACGGCCCACCUCCCGAUCCCAGCCCCUGCCGCUGCCUCUCGACAGACGACAGGCUGCUAUCAAUAUUGGUUUCACAUUAGUAUCGUCAUAUUUAUGACAAUAAUAGUAAAAGCCAUGAAUUCACGGGGAGAGGAUGAGUGGAGAGUGGCUGUGUUGCUAACUCAGUGGGAGGCUGGUGAGCCCCUGCGGCGGGCCACCCCUGGCAGGCCUGGCACCAGGGACACUCCUCCCCAGCGCCCUGGGUGACCGGCCACCUUCACGUGGCAGGUCACACAGCCCAGUCGAGGCAAGAAAGGAGGGUGGCGACCUGACCCUAUUCAGAAACGUCCUCCAAGGAGUGGUUAAUUCUGGUCGCUCAAGAGAGGGGAAACAUUUCACAUCUCCACGAUACUCUCCCACACUGAAAAUCUGGAUUCGAAACAGAAAAAACAUCACAGCUAUGGCUUUGGAAUAAUCUUAUGUGAUUUAAAUAGAUUAAAUAUUUAUAGAGACCGGUAAUUUUUUCUUCCCAACUACACUGGAAGCUAAGGGAAAAAAAAUCAAUUAGCUGCGUCUUUGUUUGCCCACGCUGAUCGCCACGGAGCCGGCGCCCGGUACGCCGGUCACGAGUUUCCCUGCCGUCCAACCGUCUGGGAAAAUCUUACCCCUGAAGCAGGUUCUGUGACCUUCAUGGCCCCAGGUGCCUUUGGAAGCCCCACCCCACACAUCACAUCAUAUAGGACACACCCGUGUCCCACACCAAAUAUAAUUCUUGUAUUUUGGGAAAACGGUUGAAUAAUUUGAUGUUUAAGUUUUUUAAACAUUUUUGAUUAAAGAUGAUUAUUUAGCAAUCUAGUGUGUAAGAGUUAAAUUCAACACUAUUGAAGUUGACAUAUUACAUUUUGUAAACUUUUAAUAAAAUAGUAAAUUUCA